AUGAAGAAGACUGUGGUAAAGGUGAAGAAGAAGAAGAAGAUGAAGAAGACUGUGGUGAAGGUGAAGGUGAAGAAGAAGCUUAGAAACAUUUUCGAACCCACAAACAAACUCUAUUGAGCUGAAAAUGUUCCUUUUUAACAUAAAGUAGAAAAGGAAACACUGAAAAAUCUGAAACCAUAGUAAGUUUAUUUUUUCUGUUUUCAUUAAAAAAUACCUCAGUAUUCGCCUCACUAACUAGAUCAGCUCAUAAAAAUAUUGUGUUUUAAUUACAAACAGAAAGAGAGUCAUGAACUUCUUAUUAAAGGUUUAUUUGCUUCUUCAGUUUCUUCUUUAAAUGUUUUAUUUCUUGGAGUUUCUGUCGUAAACUCUAAAGUCAGUUCUGAACUUUCAUUUGUGUUUCAUUUGACUCUGAUUCUCUCUGGCAUUUUUGAUCAUUUUUGAUCAUUUUUGAUCGUUUUUGAUCAUUUCUGAUCAUUUCUGAUCCCACAGCAGCUGUUUAAGAAUCUUCAUCAGUCGUUUGACUGACAGGAUUUUCACAGAUGAUGUUGGAUGUCUGCCUGUACUUUAAUAAAUAAAGAAUAAAAAGACCCACAAUUUUGCAAUAAGAGGACAUCAACGCUGACGUGUCACUCAGUCGAGUCACCACCAGACUUCUCGGUCCUUCUCCGUCUCACUCCUUAUUUCAGCUGACAGAUACGAGGACAGAGUCAACGCUCCACAUCCUCCCCUCUCUGCUGCCGGACCACCGCCCCACCACCGCCCCACCACCGCCCAGCCCCUCUGUCUGCUCCUCUGGAUGUUGACAAUGACAUUUCUGUGAGCAAGUGACUAAGACUCAAAGAAUGUGUGUGUGUGUGUGUGUGUGUGUGUGUGUGUGUGUGUGUGUGUGUGUGUGUGUGUGUGUGUGUGUGUGUGUGUGUGUGUGUGGUACUGUCACAGGCUGUCAGGGCUGGAGACAGAGAGAGAGAGAUGAGACUGACAGCAGGACUGGAUCUGAGUCCUCCAUUGUGGCCGAGUCGGGGUCACGAACCUGGAGGACAUCAGGGAGGAGGAGCGAGGGAGGAGGACGAAGAAGAAAGACGAAGAAGAAAGACGAAGAAGAAAGAAUAAUUUAGACUUUAAAGAGCGUGAAUACAGCGGGUAACAAGGCUGUAAAACAUUCACUAACGUAAGAUGACGAUAAAUACUACAGUCGUUGGUAUGAGGUCAGUUUGUGUUCCUCUGAAUAAUAAGAACACAAACAGGACGGACUCGGCUCUGGUCUUGAACUCAACAUGGACCUGGACUUGGAUUGGGAGGAUCAGUGACCCGGACACCCUGAGGAGGAAACCCAUUUCAGCCGCUUGUAUCUGCGAUCUUGUUCUUUCGGUCAUUACCCAAAGUUCAUGACCAUAGGUGAGGAUCGGCACGGAGAUCGACCGGUAAAUCCAGAGUCUCUCCUUACGAUUCUCAUCCCAGCCGCUUCACACUCGGCCGUGAACCGCCCCAGCAGGAGCUGAAGGUCACUGCUCCACGAAGCUAGAAGAACCACAUCAUCCACUAAAAGCAGCGACGUGAUCCUCUGCCUGCAGAACUGAACCCCCUCCACCCCCGACUGCACCUAGAAACUCUGUCCAUAAAGGUUCUGAACAGAACCGGAGACUGUACGGUAAACAGUCACCUGAAACGUCAUUUCCAUGAGGAUGAAACGCUGAUGUGACAAAAAAACUUUUGCAUUUCCUCCUGCGUUUAUUUCCGUGUAGAGGGACAUCGGUUAAGAUGAAUGAAUGAAUGAAUGAAUGAUGUGGUCAGGAAGUGAAAGGCUGCAGGUUUUUGCACCUGAGAGAGUACGAGGACAGAAGGUCAGAGGUCAGAGAGCGCUCUGUAGAGAUCUUACUUUAUGACAGUAUGACGAGACAAAGUAAGUCUGGAAACAGUUUAUGGUCAGAGGUCAACAUCAUCGUCAUUCUGUGUGUGUUCUAGUCCGACAUAACACACAUUUACACCUGCACAGCUACACUAUGUUUGCAGUGUGUGUGUGUGUGUGUGUGUGUGUGUGUUUUGAAUCAGAGCAGUGUUUUCCAGCUCCUCAGACAGGAAGUGCUACCUAAGCAACAUGAGGAAAACACAGGAAGUACAAAGUGCGUGCUUUGAAUUCCACCGUUUUUCUUACAGCAGAGAGAGAGAGAGAGAGAGAGAGAGAGAGAGAGAGAGAGAGAGAGAGAGAGAGAGAGAGAGAGAGAGAGAGAGAGAGAGAGAGAGAGAGAGAGAGAGAGAGAGAGAGAGAGAGAGAGAGAGAGGGAGGGAGAGAGAGAGAAUGAGAGAAAGAGAGAGACAGAGGGAGAGAGAGAGAGGGAGAGAGAGAGAGAGAGAGAGAGCGAGAACAAUGAGCAGCACACAGUUUCACCAAAAAGACACAAAUGUUCAAACUGGAGAGCUUGAGUCACACAGAUGGUUGGACAGACACAAAAGGUCAAUUAUGAGGCUGUGGAAAGAAAAGACAAUUAUGGGUGAAAACGCACGUAUCUGCAGCAGCAGCAGGAAUGUCAUUCCUGUCUCACAGCAAUAAUAAACCAGAUGCACAAACAACAUCCACGUGGACCUCAGACAGAAUCCCAGGAAUUCAAACCCGGGUCAAAGUGUAAAAACGACCUGCUGCAGUUUCUCUGGAGAUCCACAUUUAAGGAAGAAUUCACCUUUUUUCAGCCGUCUGAGGGAAAUCAAACAAACGCCAGAGGGAGGAGCUUGAUCUGAUAAAAGUUAAACUUUGGUCAUUUUCAGAAAUCGAUUUUGUUUUUUUGUUCGUCAAACUUUGUUUUUAUUUAGUCUCAUUUAUUCAGAGUAUUUUUUAGUCUAAUUCAAGUUAACCAGCUUCAUCAUAAAUCAUAUUACAGAAGGAAAAGGUCGACGUGUGCAGUGAGGUGGCUCAGCUAACUAAGUCAAUUAUUGGACUUUGUAACGAGGUCUGUUUAAUCACUUACAGGUGUUCUGAUGAGUUUUGCUACCUUGUCAAAGGAUGAUACCACAGUGAGUCCGUGAACAUCAGAUUUAGAGAUAAAUUUUCACCUUAUGCGAAAUGGCAGCGAAAAGGCCGUCAGCGCCGAUCGCCGCCAAUCGUUUCCAUUCAAGUCAACAUGUCAAAUUCUUCGUCUUUUCGCUCUUUCCGGCCCCCUGCGGUUCAGCGGGCUUCGUAGCCGAUCGCUAGGGUUCUAUAUUUUCUGGACGCCGCAGCAUGGCGGAUAAAUUCAGCACAGAUUAACCCGUGCUGGAAAGGAAGUCGGGCACAGACACAAAAUAAAACAUCAAGCUUCUUUUCAAAAUAAAACUCUGAGCUUCUUUUCAAAAUAAAACACUCCAAGCAAACGUGGUUGUUUGGUAGAUAAAGAUAAAUAUUACACUGACCCGUGGUUAAUUCUCAAUCUCCACAAAAGUGUCUGAUCUACUGGUCUGGACAGGAAGGACACAAUCUACUGCUUAUAUGUCUAUGUGUCUGUCUUUAUAGAGACGACUCGUUAUUGAGCGAUUGGAUGUGAAUUUGUGGGUUUUUGUGAGUCCCUGCGAUUCCUGCUGUCUGAAAUUCACCAUGAAUUUCGCCUCAUGGAAACGAACAUCGCUGCCAUUCUGAGUAAACACGUUAACUUCACUAAAAUCAAACUUCUCAUAUUCGGAUUCGUGUCCCAGGAUAAUACGAACUGAAACUGACCGUAACAUUCUGCACACGCUCCUGAACUUCUCCUGAGGAAAAGACCAGGAUGUGAUUUUCAGUAUAAAGUCCUGAGUUUGACACCAAGUCAAACCAGACUUCAGUGUUUACGUCAUUUUAAGGUCUUUUCCUGUUUGAGGGUUUCUAUCACCACAGCAGACUCAGUCAGGAUCAGUCCCUUUCUCUCCUCAUAUUCAGUCUCUGCUGCGCUCUGCGUUUCCUCCCUCCAUCAGCUCAAACUCGUUCUCCCGUGACCGUUCUUGAUUGGAUUCUGCUCUCCCAUCAACACCUAUAAACACCUCCCUGUACAGCUGCAAACAUUAGGUCCACUUUAUCUUUCCGCCAAGUGAGUUUAUCACCUCAUGAUGUUGGAGGGAAAACUCUGUGUAAGCUGGAAAAGUGAACUUCCCUCGACCCGAAACUUCACGAGUUAUAAACGCUUCUUUGCAUCGUGGUCAUCAGGAUAAAAACACGUCUUCUGAUGUAACGAGGACGGAUACAGACGAGUGUUUCAGGUCUGAACAUUAACAUUAGAGUUGAUGAACUAAACUGAAAGAUCCCACAGGUGGAAACUGAUUCUUGACCUGAACUGAAGCUCACACCCAAGGUCAUGGAAAGGUCAAGCGUUCCCUGUGUUAGUCCUGGUCAUGAUGCCUCCCAGAACUGUCAAUCAAGAAUCUUUUUAAAAUCAAAUAUGUGGUUAAAACUUCAUUUCUCCAGGGUGGAGUUUACUACCUGUACUGCAGCCCAUCAGCAGGGGGAGCUCUACCCUUACUAUGUCCAUUUUAAUGUGCAGACUAAGAGCGACCCGUUUUGAAGGAUCUGGAAAAGUUUUCAGGUAUGACGACCACAUUUCUCAUUAGCACUGAAUGUGGAUUUUGAUGCUCCGUUGAUUAAAAAAACAUGAGAACUGAGACUUCGACACCUCUGGAAACAGAGCUACGAACGAUCAGGCAGCUACAGGUGGAGAGAGGAGAGCAGGGAGAGGAGCCGGAGGAGGCGGGUGGAAAGUUGACUAACAUCUGUCGGGCUAAAAAGUAAAGAAAUCCAGAUCAUGAUCAAAUAUGAGAUGAAAAAUGAGAAAAAUGAGAUAAAAAUGUGACAUUAAAGCUUAAAAACACUGAAUAUCUGCAGCCUGAGCUGUAAAAAUCUUUAUAUGAGAAUUAUCACCAAACAGAAGUAGACUGGGAGUAGAGAGGUGGGCUAAACUGAUCAUUUUAUUUUGUUUUUAUUUUGUUUUUAACUUAUUUAAGAUUUGUUAAAUUUGUGUAAAAGUUUGACGCAGAUGUCAAACUAUGAGUAACUGAUUUUGAUUUUGUCAUGUCAGUCUGAGAGGGAAACUAAUCAGUAAAUUUCUUAUAGUGGCUUUAAUAAAACUGUUUCUUUGUGUGGCGUUUAUACCUCCUCUUCCUCUGGCCUUGUAUCGCCUCGCUCUCUCUCUCAGCUCCCGUCUCUCUCUCUCUCUCUCUCUCUCUCUUCUCUCUCUCUCUCUCUCUCUCCUCCUCUCUCUCUCUCUCUCUCUCUCUCUCUCUCUCCCGGCUCAUGGCUGACAUUAUCAUGUCGGCGUAGAUAAGUCCCGGCCUAACGCUGACUGGAUUUUCCUCUCAGCUCCUGCUCUCCUCCUCCUCCUCCUCCUCCUCCUCCUCCUCCUCUCCUCAUUACUCGUCUCUUCUGGUUAUCUACAUCCAUCUCAUCCAGCUUUCCUUCCCUCCACGUCUUUCACUCGUUCCCUUCGCUUCAUGGAAUUACCCAUUUCCUGUUAUCUCCACCUGCCUCCCUCCUCUUCCUCCUCUUCCUCCUCCCCUUCACUCACUCAUCACUUUCUGCAUUUUCACUUCCAUCUACAUCAUCUACAUCUACGUUCAGCGUGGACUUCUAACUCUUUUAAAGUGAAGAAGUUUCUCACAGCAGAGGGAGGCGACAGUUUCCCUCCAUCACGGUGAGAUGGAGUCAGGUGGAUAAAUCUGGUUUUUCUUCUUGUAGAAUAAAAAGUUGAUUUAACCAGACCGGACUUAAAGGUUGGUCAUCUGAUCCAGAUACACUUUCUGUUAUUCUGGUUAAAAUGAUCGUUUUGUUUUCCGAUGGCGAUCAAUAAAUGAUGUGUUCUUAAAAAAGAGCGAAACAGAGCCGCCAUCUUCAGCAGGAGUAAAACUGGGAAAACACCGACCAAUCACAUCGUGUGGGUCCCACAUUUUUAAACCAAUCAAAUCCCGCGCUCACCUCCUGCGCGUACAUGUCACCAACGUGUAUUUGCCAUGAUUCAAUACGCAUGGAGAGGCUGAGAGGGAUGAAGCUACGCUGGAGAACGUCAGAGAAACUACCUAAACCAGAUUAAUGGAGGCGAGCGCUCCUCCUGAAAAAAACAAGAAAAGAAAGACAGAGGCAGAGACGGCCGAAGAAAGACACGAAGGUCAACAUCAGGACAGCUUUUCAGCGAUGGAGAGAACUGAAAGAGGUCGAGGGCUUUAGAAGUGACGCCAUGGUCGCUCAUUUUCAGGUGGAAAGGUACGCUGAGGGUAGAUCACCUUCUCCAGGGCGAGAAGAUUUUCCCGAUCUAAAGUCCCGAAGUUUUGAGUCUGUGGUUUUAAAUCAGCUGACAGCGGCGCUCGUGCGUUGGCUCCAAGGGGAGGGGGGAGGGGCUAGACGAAGUCCUGAGGAGUCCUGAUGACCAACCCUACCUUUAAAGGGAUAGUUCGGUCUUUUUACAGUAGAAACAGAAGUUUCAUAUCUGCACUGAAAUGAAGUUAUCAAACACUUCAGGGUCCUACAGUUUAGAGAAUCAAACACAAACACUAACGUUGGUCAAAGUGUUGAAUCUGUUUGGACGUUUUCAGAACUUGGAGUCUGUCCUUCACCUUUACGAGCAGACUGAGACUCAGCAGACCGGAGGAGAGAGAGGAGAAGAGUCUGCGUUAUCUCUCCAAACCUCAAACUGAGAAAUCUGCUUAGACUGUAAUUCCACUGGAUCCACUCUGUGCUCAUAGAACCCCACUUUAAAAAUCUGAACUGUCCCUUUAAAGUGUUUUUGUCUUAUCCCUUUUGGCCUCUCCUCCUCUCCUCCUCCUCCUCCUCCUCCUCCUCCUCCUCCUCCUCCUCCUCCUCUUCUUCUCCCUCUCUCUCUUUUGCUCUCUAAAACUCUUUCGAUCAACUUUUAUUUUUGGCCCACUUUGUACCUGCAUCCCUCCCACCCCCGCCUCCCCCCGUCUCCCCCGCUCUUCGUCUCUCUCUCUCUGUUCUGACAGCGUGAUCCAUGGGGGCAUUAUCUUUCCAUUAUCAGUCCAUCCCAUAAUCAUUUCCCUCACCUCGCCCGGCGUCUCUGGAGAAUAUUAAUCAGCUCGCAGACAAGUCCUAAUCACUGUUCUGGGGCUAUAAGAGGAGCUGCAGUCCAUCACACACACACACACACACACACACACACACACACACACACACACACACACACACACACACACACACACACACACACACACACACACACACACACACACACACUCUCCUCCCUCCGACUCUCUGCUCUCAUAAAUCUCAACAUAAGAAGUUCAGCUCUUACAGACGGACUAUUAGACAAACUGAGGAGACGAGCUCAUGCACUUCAUCAGGUAAACCUCCACCUCCAGACUACAUCUGAAUUCCAACAGGUUAUUUACAACACCAUCAUGGUGUGAGGUAGAAGACGAGCAGACGAGUGUUUGUAGCUUCAUUUAUCUCUGAGACUCACCAGGUCAUUUAGAACGACUGAAGAGUGAAGAGAAGGGCUGCAGGAUUAUUAAUCACAAUCAGAUUAUUUAAUUAUGACCAUGUUCAAAAAAUUAAAAUCCACAAAUCAAUUUUCCUCUCUUUCAUGUCUGGUGCCUCCAGGCCAUAGACUCCUCCUUCCUGUGUAAACAAACAUGGCGUUUGCAAAAGAAGGCGAUAAUUUCGUGGUUAAAUAGGACAAGAGUGAGUCAGUCGUGUUGAAUUGGUACGACUUCACAGUUUCAGAUGAAGAGUAAACCACUCCCCGCUGUAAAGUCUGUCUGAAGGCGGUAUCAACCCGUCACCAUGGAAACUAAUUCAGGAGGAAACGCUAAAGUUUUUUGUCGUAUCGGCGUUUCAGGUGACUGUAAACGGUACUUUUUAAAAAUGGGUCAGAGAGUGAAUAAAUCUGUAAACGACGACCAUUUCAUCUCCGUGUGGAUCUCUAUCUGCAUCUGUGGAAACGAUCAUGUGACACACAGACUGUAUUUACUCUGGACAACUUGGUUCCGCCUCCCGCCUGUAAACGGAUUUGAAGCCAAAGCGUUUUCGGUAUUUCCGGGUUUUUCUCCACUUCCUGAAACCAACAUCGUGCAGUAGCUUUGUUUGCAUUUGGCAGGAGAAUCGCUGUGAUGACGUAUCCCCCGGUGAUCUCCUCAAUCUCUGUCCUCCCAUUGGCUGUAUCAGGUGUCAAUCAUAGAAAACAUGAACCCCCUAAUAACUUUUAAAAACGGAGCUGUACAGAAAAAAGAGGACUUGAGCACAAACCAGUCUGACAGUAACUACAUGUCAACAUCACAUCGUUUGUUUCAGGUCGAGUGUCUUUUACUCUCUUCUAACUCAGUGAGUCCACGCGACACAAACUCAAAACUUUCGUACAAAACCUCAAACAUUUGAAGGAUCUUAUAGACUCCCCCGGACAAGGCCGGACAGCCCCCCAAAAAGAGGACAUGUGGUCACACUCGAUAAGUCCAGACUGAGGAUUAUAACUGUAGUUUGAUCCCAGAAUAAGGCUGCUAAUAUUUAGACCUGAGCCCAAACUGACUUCGAUUGAAAUCUGUGGUGAAGUAGUCGUAGUUCACCUUCAGACGAGGGAGUGAAGCACUAAAGUUUCUCCUCUUUUCUAGGAUGUCAGAGGGUGUGUCUCUGACGCUCUCUGAGGCAGGUUGGGAAAUGUUGGAUCUCUGAAUGCUUCCAGGAACAUAAAAGUGAUUUUGAUUGGAGUUUUAUUGCUUCAAUUUCAGCAAUUAGUCUGAGCCGACUGCAGUGAGCAUCUAUGAAACUGAGAGGAGAUGAGAGGAGAGGACAUCUAUUCAACAGCUCCUUACCUAUAAACUCUAAAUUCAGCAGAUGAAGCAGACUACUUCAGCGCGGCGCGGUGAGGAUAAAUAUUAGGAUAAGCAUCUUUUUGCUGAAUUAGCAUUUUCUCUGACAUGCCCUUUAGUCGACUCUGUCAAACCGAGGCUCUGCUAUCCUUUCAUUUCUCAGACUCUGGAUAUCUGAGCGUUCAGGAUCACGAUGAAUCUCACAGACAUCCAGACGUUUCCCCAUAAAUCUCUCUGCAGCUUCUUUAAUAGAGCAGAUUUUAAUCCAAAUGGCAGAAGGAGAAAAGGGCAAAAGAUGAAAGAAGAUGAUGUUUUUUUUCUCCCUCGACAGAAUGAUCCUGAUUAUGAAGAGCUGCCCCGAGGAGGAGGAGAGGAGGAGGUGAGGAGGAGGAGGAGGAGGAGAGGAGGAGGAGGAGAGGAGGAGGAGGAGGAGGAGAGGAGGAGGUGAGGAGGAGGAGGAGGAGAGAGGAAGCUCAGAGGCUGAGGAAUGUUUGCAAUGGCUGUGCACGAGAAACACACAUUAGAAACUAUGAAUGGACACAUGCAUGAGUUUGCACACGUACACACACACACACACACACACACACACACACACACACACACACACACACACACACACACACACACACACACACACACACACACACACACACACACACACACAGACGAACAGCAUGAAAGGAGGGAUGGAAUUAUAUGCAGAGCGUGCAACUGCAAACACUGUAAAGUGCACAGACACACUUUGUGCACAUUAUAACACACAAACAGCUGAGUGUGUGUGAGUGUGUGUGUGUGUGUGUGUGUGUGUGUGUGUGUCCUUUAAGCAGGUUGAAAGUGGUGGAGGAAGAGUCAGGGAGGGGUGUAGCGUGAGGUGGGAUGUUGUAGGAAGAUAAGGGAUGAGAGGUUACGUGAGGAAGUAUCUAAUGUGUGUUUGCAUGUGUGUGUUUGCAUGUGUGUGUUUGUGUGUCUGUGUGUGUGUUUGUGUAGAUGGGCCAUAAAUCUCUGGAGGGGACUGCGGCAGACACAGCUGUUUCACACCCGUCCAGAUGUCAGAGGAGAAGGAGAGACAGAGUUACAUGCAGAGGGAGAGAGACAUGCACAGGCCUAUCUAUACUGUACACAUCAAAGACAAGGGAGGCGCACACAUGCACGCACACACACACACGCACACACACACACACACACACACACACACACACUGCAGAUGGCAACUCAUUGAGAGCAUCAGAAGCUUUGAACUGAAUGAAGAGCUCCUCUCACUGACUGCAGAGAUGGAGUUUCUUCAGAGCGUUAGAGUCAGACUGCAACAUAUAAAACACUCAACUCUGCAAAUUCACCAGCAGAGGAGAAAGAAAAUCUGAACAUUGAAGGAGAAUUUAAUCCAUUUGGUGGAGGUUUGUCAUCUGUCGUGGCAGGAGCAUAUGUCUGAUGGUCAACAAGCCCUUAUGCUUCAGUUUGAAUAAGUUGGUUCAACACCAGAGGACUUUUAGAUCUCUGAAGUUUCUGUCAGACUCUGGGAAAAAUCCAUUUUGAAUCAAACUUCAUCGUCUAGCGGCACCGACAACCUUUGAGUCUGCCUUUCUCAUUGAUUAUUGUAGGUAUUCAGUCAGAAGAAGAGGCAAAUCUAACAUGUUCGAUAUUUAUGAUGCCAGAUUGUGGCGGUCCAGACUGGGUUGGAUGUCGAUACUAAACCUCAAAUAAUGAGAUGCACAUUUAGAUGUUUUCUGUCAAAUUUAAUGGAGCAAAAAAUAAACACCUGAUGUGGGACAUGUCAGGAACACCUCUAACCGGAGGCGUCCAGAAGGCGUCCUAACCAGAUCCCCGAGCCACCUCAGCUGACUCCUCUGGACGUGGAGGAGCAGCGGUUCUCCUCUGAGCUCCUCCCGAGUGUCCGAGCUCCUUCCCCUAUCUCUAAGGCUGAGCCCGGACACCCUGAGGAGGAAACCCAUUUCAGCCGCUUGUAUCUGCGAUCUUGUUCUUUCGGUCAUUACCCAAAGUUCAUGACCAUAGGUGAGGAUCGGCACGUAGAUCGACCGGUAAAUCCAGAGUCUCUCCCCGGAGAAGGUGAUCUACCUUUCUCAGACUGAGGACCAUGACCUCGGACUUGGAGGUUCUGAUUCUCAUCCCAGCCGCUUCACACUCGGCCGUGAACCGCCCCAGCAGGAGCUGAAGGUCACUGCUCGACAAAGACAGAAGAACCACAUCAUCCACAAAAAGCAGCGACGUGAUCCUCCGCCUGCUGAACUGGACACCCUCCACCCCCGACUGCACCUAGAGAUUCUGUCCAUAAAGGUUCUGAACAGAACCGGAGACAGAGGGCAGUCCCGGAGGAGUCCAACUCUCACCGGACCGAGCUUGUGCUCCUUUGGUAAAGGGACUGGACGGUCCUCAAUAAGGACCCUGGUAUAAAGACCUCCUAGAAGACUUUGAUUUGACUCUAAAAACUCCUGGCAGAUUUUCUCCCUUCAUGCUGAUAAUUUAUUAAACAAUGUGACACAGUGAGAAAUGUGUCUGCAGCGGAGUGGUCCAGUCCCCGGCCUGCUGACUGAGUGGAUCUGCUGUUCCUGAGGAUGAAACAAAGCUCUGUUGUAUGUGAUGAGGGCGAGCGUUGGAGCAGACACUCCAGCUCUAACAAGGCGUAACGGCUCUGUUUCCACCGAGGGCCUGACACCGAACAGGAACAAAACAUCUGCGUUCAGCUGCUGAUACUGUACCACCGUGUGCCCACAGAGGAUCGGACCACUUCUGUUCAGAUCCUGCAUCUGUGGUUUUAGACCACAGAGAGGAAACCAGAAGAAGAAACCACACCGGGGUUUAUAGUUAGGUUCAGAUUUUAGGAACACAGUUUUACUGAAUGACUUGAUGCACGACCAGCAGAGCAGUCAGGACAGACCGAGUCCAACCAUCAACACAUGGACAGUUUUCUGUCAGAUUCAAUGGAGCAAAAAACCAUCUGCAGACUUUUAAUGUCAGAGGACGAGCAGACCGGAGGGUCAAAGUUCAAACACUCUCAGUCCGGCUCUUCACACAUUCAGUCCCACUAUGAGAAGAAACCACAGCAGCCCGUCUGAACUGACAGCAUGACUGACUUCCCUACAUGCAGCUCACAGCAGAGAGGUGUCAGCAGAUCCAGACCGGCCCGUCACGUUUGGACAUUUCAUGACAGGAAACACAGAGGCAGAGGGGACCGGCAGGGGGUCAUGGAUCUAAGGUUGGACCCAAAGAUUUCUGUUGGAUUCACCAUUUUUAUGACCAAACUGUUCGUCCUUCACUUCAGUAAACUGGGAGUUGUAGUUCUCAGAGCGGUUUAAACCAAACAGCAACAGUUAGUUUGAAUAUCAGAUGAGAAGUCCUGCUGCCGUAUCUGAGAGCCCAGAGUGGAAUCUUGUUUCCAACUCCAUCUAAAUCAGGAGGACUCUUCAUUUAGGGCCUGUGUCCAUUUGUCCACUCACUGAUAUUUUCUAGGGCCCGACCGAUCUAUUGACGAGCCGAUUAAAUUGGCCAAUUUUAUCGGCCAGAAAUAAAAUGCGGAGAAUAAGAUUCGGUUUCACUUCAAAAAUGUUCCGCCAUUUGAAAAGUUCCCCGACUUAUCCAGUAGAUGGCGCUACAGCGACCUCAUGCCAAUCUUCAUCCACUAACUCCCUCACAGCACAGCAGAGUGACGGAUCUGAAGCAGCAGCUCAGGGACGCACGGAGGAGAGUGGUCCGCCUCAACGGUAAAUAAACCAGUUUGUGAAAAACACAAUAAGUCAACAAGUUUCAGUUCAACCCACUUCACCAUGUUCCCCGCUGUGCUGGUCUCAGUCACACCAGUUAACGCUGAAGCACCAUGGGAUAUGAAGCUAAAAAAAGACCUUUUCUGGUCCGAGUUUCAUCAGUCGGUCUUCAUGUCUGUGUGAAGAGCAGUAGCCUACAGUAUAUCUACGGUAUAUAGUAUACUCUAGAUAUCUACAAUAUAUUUUAUUUUAUAACUUAAUGAAAAAUUUUAAAAAUUAGCCGAUUAAUCAGUAAUCGGACACCCCAAUAAUCGGUAUUGGCAUCACCCCCCAAAAAUCCAUAUCGGUUUGGGCCCUAAUUUUAUCUACCAAUGUCACCAGCCUCUACAAAAACCAAAUCAGUUUAGGGUUUCCUUGGGUUAGUGCAACAUCCUGGACAUCCCAGGUGCCUAAAACACUCUUAGAGUUAUCUAUUUAUUAUGGUUGCUGUUAUAGUUCAAGAUCAGGACCAAUCAGAAUCAAGAGAGCGGCAUUUUAAAAUCGACCCUGAUAACGACGAUGGCAGAGGUCUGCAAGGAGAGAUAACGUCUCACACUCAUUUCCAGGUCUAGAUUUAGAUCGAUUUCUACAAAUUGGUUUCUAUAUUUUCUUUGUACAGCGAGUGAAAUCACAGCAGCUGAAAGUGCCAGUGUGUCAGUGGACACAGGCCCUUAUUGGUGCAAAUAACGGAAAUCACCAAAUCCUCUCAUGUGAGAAGGUGGAAUAAGCAAAUGUUAAAAGUUCCUGAUGAGUUUCUGAAGCGAUUACCUGAAUAGACUUCCAUAAUAUUUCUAUUAAGUUUAAUUAAUUUUAAAAACCUGUUUCUGAAGCUGUUUUCUUGGUAUUUCAGUGAAAAAAAAGACCAGGUUUGUUGUUCUUACGGGUCAAACAUGUCAGUUUGUCCUAUUUAAGAGUUUCAAGCUUAAGUGGUGGAGGUGGUUAGUGAGUGAAAGAGGAUCCCUGUUGAUAGGGGAUGAUUGCACUUUGGCUCACUUCUGUCCUCCACACAUGCUGAGGGUUUCACUGAAGUCAGAAUCUCUUCCCUCCUCAGGAUGUUUGGAAAGUAAAAGUGGAGCCUCUUCGGUCUUUUUCACGAGUGUAUACAGGCACACAGACACACUCAACACGACCUGCAUCCGCCGCCUCUGACAGGCACAGCUGCAGGCUGAGGGCUGUAAGAGAAGACGACACAAACACACAUCUGAGGGCAGACAGAGGGAGUCUCCUCUCUGAACCAGAACGGACUUUAAGGGUUUCUGGUAGUUUGACGUUCGUGAUGAGAGGCGUGCGGGGCGAUCGGGUUUAAAGAGCUCAGAAACUUUUCACAUGUGCUGUUUCAGAUUCAGCCUCAGCUCUGCAGUAAUCCUCACUUGACCAUGCUGAUACAGGACAAAGUCUGAAGAGCCUGACAUAGUAUAGAAAAGUUGCACGGGACAAUUCCAGCUAUUGUGAGCCGAGGUCAGAUGUCAGAUAAUGUAAGAUAAGCUGUUUAUGUGGAAGUCUGGCUGAUGGUCUGCUGCGAAAGGAACCAAUGAAGGUAAACAUGUACUGAAUUAAAGUACUUAACAUCUGUGCAUGAGUCCAAUACUGUAAAGGCACUUACAGACUAAGACGGAUUAAAACUAAUCCACCAAGAAGGUAAAGGUUUAAUGAGAAGCAUCAUUUUCAGCCUCUCCUGAGGAGAAAUCCUGGAUCAGAGUUUUGAUCCCAGGACGUCAAACUGUGGAGGUUUCUGCUGAACUUCAUCCUGCUCUCGGAGUCAAUUAAUGAUUUAUGUUUUGUCUUAAUUAAACACUCUUCUCCUGGGUCCUGAUGUGAUGAGUGACGGUGUCAUUUUUGUAUAACUUACUGUUUUACUGACAAGAACUGAGUCGAUGUCAGAAUCUGCUCUCUUCUAAAUUCAUGAUAAAUGAUAAAAUAAUCCUCACAUAUUUCUUCUCAGGGUGAAUUUAAUCUUGUUGGGAAACACAGAAAACUAAAUCUUACUGCCAAACCUCCUGUGAGACUUAAGACGGCAAAACAGUAAUCCAACUAAAUCUUUACCAGAUCUUAGUUUCGGUUUAUUCCUCUCUCAGGAUCAGGCGAUAUGCUGACGAUACCGUUCUAUCCAUGCUAACGGUUUCACCCCCGCCAUGUUAUUUCUGCUUAUUUCAUGGUAACAAUAGGUUAGCAUAAUUAGCAAGUACAAUGUGGGGUGUAUCACAGGUUAGGACUAUAACUGAAAGUGUCGGUGACGUCACCUAUUUGAUUUCAAAGCCGAGUUUUGAGGCGUAUCGUCGGCGGUCGCCAUAUCGGUAAAACUAACUCAACCUCGCUUUUAGUCAACCGACUAGAGACGGGUCUCUGACCUGAGUGUGGACACCUGGACUGAGGGAUUUUCUGACAAUAAGAUCGCAGAUCACAAACCACUUGCGAGUAUGAGAAACCAUACAGAAACCAAAGUAUCAGGGUCAGGAGCUGAUGAGAUCACUGCGAGAAAAGAUCGUAUUAAAUUCAGACCGCAAAGACGCCAUGAUUCGUGUAAUUAGUAGUAUGUUUAGAUGUCAGUAUCCCACACUACAAAGUAAUGGACGACACCCCACUGAGCAGUAGACGGUUAUUAGACGUCUGUAUAUUUUAAAACCUAAUUUUAACCUCCUAGAUUCUGUAUAUCUUUAGACAGAAUUCAGACGCUGCUCUUUAACCCGUUUUUUAAUAACUACUUAUUUCAAAAGGCAGAUGUGAGUCCCAUCACUGAUCUCUAAUACUUAACCAAAAUAAUGAUGAUAGCUGUUGAGAAACAGACAGUGUAGUAUAGCUAAAGCUCUGUUAGCCGGCUAGUCUAAACUUAAUUUAGACGUGUAAAAAACCUUCAUUUUCAGACCUGUGGUACCUGAUCCUAGACCAGUCGUCUCGACUACAUUUAGACGUUUAUUAGACUCUUUUAGACCAAGAAAAGCUCAGUGGUUGGUUGUUCCCUUUUGGGUGACCACUUGAAGCAGAUAUAUUCAUGCUGUAACCCUUUGGUACUAGAUAUUCUGCCUUUCGGUCUUUAAAUCCUGCAGACAGAGGCUGCAGCCGUCAGGUUCAGCUCAGGAGUUCACAGGAGUUUACCCGUGAAGGAGCUCCAUCAUGGCCUGAUAAAAGGAUCUGUGGAUUCAGCUGUGUCACUGUGAGGCAGACCACAGAAACCAGCUCAAACACACCUCGGUCAGAGCAGCGCAGAUAUUAAACCGCCCCCAAACAGCUCUGAGGUGUGAGUCCCUCAGUAGUUUAUCCACAGACGGCCCAUCAAGGCCAGCAGCUCAUUGUACGGGCCAACCCUAAUUACAGUUUGGACCGUCAUGAAAAAGCUUCCGCUCCGACAUCAAAUACAAAGUCACUGAAGUACAAAGGCUUUCAUUUUCCCCCUUUGUUUCAGAUGCCAGCACAGCAGAAGGAGCGGAGCGGCGAGGAGGAGGAGGAGGAGGAAACGGCAGAGAGAUAACGGGAUUUAGGGAGAGCCGUCAGCCAGAGACAAUGGAGGAGACAAAAAUGGCACAAGGGGACAAGGAGACAGACAAGAAUGAAGAGAAACACGAUAAGAAUGAUGGAUGUCAGAGGAACGAACAACACGCACAUCAGACGGCUGGAAACGCCGUAAAGUUCGGCGUAGAGGAGCUGACACAGAUCGGAAUAAUUCAGGAGUUUCCCACUUUGACUGAGUGA